UCAGCUUGUCAAAACAGUUGCACUAUGUCAAUCAAAUAAAACAGCUAGAUCCCAAAAAAAUAGUCAAAUAAUAAUCAUAUUUAAAUUAUUUAGCGUUAUAUUUUAUAUUAUUUAGUUUUAAUCUAAUUUAGUAAAUCCAUAUAAAAAGAAUCAGACUCGUACAAAGUCCUAAUGAUGGGGUGUGUGGUGGCCAGUUAAGUCGUGCUGCGUGGCAAGUUUAUGAUGGCUCAAAACAACCAAUGGAAGCUAUGAUAGAGCAACAGACCCCACCAGUCGCGGACGAAGAUGGCGACAAAGUGGUUAAACCAGUGGAGGAUCCGGUGGAGGAAUGGGCGCCGUGGUCGCUCGUUGUGUCGACCAAGAACCCUCACGCACCACCACCGGUUGCUGUUAAAACAUCCCCUGGCCCCGCCUGGGACAUCGGACAGGUGUUGAAAGCUGCGCGCCUUCUUUGCAAGCCGCCAUUGCCCGUUACUUUCGCAGACGAACAAGAGAUGCGUUGCGUGUAUUCUCUUAUUUACGAAGUUUUUCGAUAUAAAUCCAUAUUGGAUCAAGCUUUAGAAGACAUCCAAUUUUUGAUUGUGCAUCGCGAGUUUGCUGAACACCGUCACGCAUUAUGGCUGUUCCUGAUGGAACUAGCGCGACGGCGUUGGGGUGCUCGGCCAAGAAGCGAGAUAGAAAGAGCAACGCAACUCUUGGAUGAGGCCGGAUAUCCCUUCAAAGACAUUGAAAACAUUAUUUGGGAGGAACGAGUGCACUUCGCUGCCGCUAUAGUAAGAAUUCGCAUCAAAAAUCGGGCUUUCACGCUAUCGGAUUUAUUGCCGGCACAUCUGCGCGAGGAGCGCGUGUCAGCGUGUGUCAACAAAGACACUGUCACGGGAUGGGUCAACACUUUUAAAGCUAAAAAAGUGGCUUUACUGGUGAAGAGAUUACACGAGCUAGGCUACUCGUACAGCAACUCCCGUCAACUUUGUGCCGGAGAAUACAGAUUCGAUCGUGUUUGUCCCAGAUUUAUUACUUUACGCCCUCCUGAAAGCGAUAGCAUCGGACAGUUGGAUCUAGUGAGAGAUGGAGUGAUAGUACUUCAGGAGCGUGAAUUCUGCGAAGGCGCAUCAACUUUAUGCCGCGCCCUUCGCGCGAAUUCGCUCCGAGGCGUAGUGGCCCAAACGCACGCGUCUUCGCCGCGAUGUUCCGCGUAUCUUGCUGCUCAACUGAAAGAGCUGGCCGCUGUCCUCAAGGCAAAGGCACCAGCAGCACCCGUCACGCCCGAGCUCGGGAAACUCGUCGUGUUUGGAGCUGGUGAUAAAGUGGAAAGCUACGUGUGUGCUCUACGCGAACUUGGCAUCGAAGCUUCCGAGGCUCCACAAUCCGGAGCCCAUGUAUGCGUCAUAAGCGAACCCGUGCAUUACGACACUCCUUUGGUCACUAACGCUUUAGAUGGCGUCGUAGCUGUCUUAGCUACACCACCUAACUCGUAUUCAGCUGUUACGGAUCCAAUUGAUCUCGUUUGCGGACGCGGCGGAGAUCUUGCUAUGCUUGAGAUUCUUACUGAAUCAGAAAUAGACGUAAAUGGCAAGGCGCGUGUGCAGUCGAUUUUGGAAGAACAAAAGAAAACUUUGAGAUCACUUAUGUCUAAACCCCAGAUUCAACUGAUACUAUAUGAAACCCAUUCGGCCCUUGAGGCAGAGAAUCAAGCGCAAAUCACUCGAGCAGUUGCAGAGGCCAACAGACUGGCACGAGAACGACAUGCGCUGCUCAAGAAAAAGCCCCGACAACCCAGCCCACAAAAACAAGCAACAGCACAACCAACCAAUGAAACAGUUGUUAUAAACGAAUCUGUAGUCACUGCCGAAACCAAACCCGCACACGAAUCCACAACUACUCUAGACACGGUUUCUCGAUCCGAUCUCGAUAAAACUGAAGACGACACGUCUGUCAGUGAGUGUUCCCAAACGAAGCCACCGUGCGGUUCUCGCCCGAGUACAGCUAAGAAACCUAGUACAGUUGUGUUGAAGAAGCAAGCGGAGAAUUUGGAAGUGGUGUCUCGUCCGGGGACGAAUAAAGCGAGGCCUAUACCCGUGAUGCCCAGCUAUGACAUCCCUAGAGACCCCGAUAAGGACAGCCCUGAUGUCGUUGUGCCUAGUUGUGAUUUGUUUGAAAUAAGAAAUCUACCAAAUCUGGGUAAUGGAUUGGAUAUAAAUUACAUCCUGGACAGAGACGGGUGUUACCUCGGCCUUAUCCAAAGAAAGGAGAUCACCCGGCUCGACGCUAAGUUUAUGAUCCGCGUGGCGGAGGACCGCGGCCUGUUCGGGCCGGCCGCCGCCGCGCCGCCGCAGCGACGCAAGCGCAUCGACACCGCGCCGCUCUCGCCGCGCAGGCGUAGACGCAAGGCUAGCUUUGAGGUGGAGCGCGUAGCAGCGCCGACAUACGCGUCGCUGUCCCGCGCCCGCCGCGGCAGCGCGCCGGGCUGCCUGGACGCGGCGCGGCGCGAGCACCGCGUGUGCGAGCGCCACGCGCGGCGCCAGGCCGCCGCCGCCGCCGUCGCAACCGCCGCAUGCACCUGUGAUGCUAGGCACCGUUACCGCCGUUCAUCAGCUAGCGGUGUGACAGGAGCGCCGGCCGCGUCGCAAGCUCGGCUGCCCGACCAGCCGUGCCGCCGCCCCUUCCCGCUCGUGGUCCACGAACUACGUCUCAAAGCCGUUGUACCGCAGCACAAGAUAUUCGCUUCGUGAAUUACAAGUGUUACAGACUGAAAGCAUUGACGGUGUCAUGCAUGGACAAUAAACCCUACGCCGCGCCGUCAAAUCAGAGAACGACAGUUCGGCCAAAGUUGAUGUUAGCCUAAUUCUAGUCUAUUAUAAAGCUGCAUGCAGGUGUUGUACGUACAUGUUCGAGACUUUUAAGAGCGUGCUCGAAUACCAUAUAGCACAAACCAUUCUCAUACUACUAAAGCCAACAUAUAUUAUGUAGUCAACAAGACUCGAACAUCGUGCACCCUUCUGCUUGUGGCUGUAAAUCGUUGGUUAGGCUGGAGGCACAUUGAUUGACACACGAAAGUGUGGUUAUAUUAAUGUGUGCUUUUAGCUUUAGUUUAUCUAGUAUAUUUUAACUUUAAACAUCUUUUUGCAAAUCUUUUAGCUCGCAAAAUCUUAUUGUUUAUAUUUAUCUUCGUGUCAUUUUAAGAGAUAACAUCAUUACAUGACGAAUCUUUUUUAAUACAUUUCAAAUAAAAAGUCACUGGGAUGUGUAAAAGAUGAAAUGUACCUGCUGUUAUAGCUUAUUAUGAAAAAUCUAUUUUGGAUUAAUCAGUUUUAAAUUUUAUUUACCUUUAGACUUUUUUUUGUCAAAAUAUAAACAUCCAUUACCA